AUGGGGAAUCUGCCCAGCUACAAGAAGUCACGCAGCAUCCCAGCAGCAUCUGCUGACACCUCAUGACCUCCACUGCCCACUAAGACAGUCCCUAGUGGCUUCCAGGCCCUGGCCCUCUGUGACUACCACUCCAGCAUGGGGAUGGCCACUGUCCUGAGAAUAGGGGAGUGUCUCUGCAUCCUCUCUGAGGAUGGAGAGUGGUGGCUUCUGAAUUUCUGGAAGGAGUGCCACAUCCCCAGCAGCUGUGUUGCCAAGAUCAGGCACAGGUGGCUGUACAAGGGCUCAAUCAGCAGAGCAGCAGCAGAGGAGCUGCUGCUCCGUCCAGGCAACCACAGAGGAUCCUUCCUGAUGUGGGAGAGACAGACCAGGCAAGGCUGCUAUUCCCUGUUAGUGCCCACUGCCUGGGCCUCAAUGACUCACUACCACAUCCACCAGGUGGACAAUGCAUAGCUUUACAUCUUGCCUCAGCUCACAUUCCCCAGCCUGCACAACUUGGUGGACCACUACUCUCAGUUCAGCGAGGGGCUCUGCUCUCCCCUCAGCAAGCCCUGCUCCAUGGAAGGGACAAGGGCAGCCCUAGCAGCCACAACAUCACUUGUUGUCAAGAAGCCAUCACUCCACUGGGACAAAACUGAAAGGGACGUCAACUCUCUCCUGUUCUCAGAGACCACAUCCCCACUGGAGGACUCUCCCAUCAGCCAGGGCCUGUGGAAAGCCAUCAGCCUGAUCCUCUCAGAGACUGACACCCCUGAGCCAGACCCCACAGGAACUGUGGUGAAGAAUAGCUGAGGACAGAGCCCCACAGCACUGUGGUGGACACCCAUUCCCCCAGCUCAGCCUUCUCCUGCUUUCAGCCACAGUCACUUGUUGGUGCUGUGGGGGCCCAUUGGCUGGAGCUUGGGACAGCCAAGAGCAGUGUGGAGCCAGACAGGCAUUGAUGCUGGAGGAGGCAGCUGCCUGAGGGCCUGUCCUGCCCUCACUGGACAUACUGGGACAGGAUGCAAGAGCACUCUGAGCCUCACCCAACACCCAAGGGGGGAGGAGGCAGAGACUGCACAGAGAAGGAGCCCUGCCUGCCCCACAGGCUGCAAUGGGACCCCUGGCAUCUGUACUCCCACAGCAGCAGAGAGGACGGAAAUGUUCAACAAACCAAAUCCUGCCACUAGGUGGAGGAACAGCCCAGCCCCAUCAGACUUCCCAAGAUGAAGCACAACUGUUUUAAGGGCAACUGCAGGCCUGCAAGAAGCAGCCAUGGAUCCUCAGAGUGCUCUCCCCCCAUAACUCACCACACUGCUUGCUGGAACCAGCAGCCAGGGAAGAACCAGCCCCUGACUAUGCCCAAAGCAGGUGAUUUUUAAACCUUUUAACACAUAGAUUGUUAGCUGAAUAAAACAGGAUCCUGUUGGACAUGCAACAAUAAUCAUCUGUAGUGUCUCAAUUAAAAGGCACCUCUUUCACUGUGGGAACUGACAGUAGUCAAAUAAGAGACUUUCAAGUUUCAGGCACUAGCUUGAGCCUGUGGGAAAGUCAAGUACACGGCUUUCUCACUGGUCUGGGAAAUCAUAACAAGGAAUCCAAACAAUCCUUGUAGAUAUCCCACUUCUGACACCUGGUAUUUUUCUAACUUGUUAUUUACUUGGAAAUAACAGUCAAGGAGUGUUGUUCUAAAUGACCAGUCAUAUUCAUUGUACUGAAGAGCUGUAUAAAAAGAGUGUGUUUCUAAUAAACUUUCACUAUAUGCCCUCCAAUGAAGGCUUGGAGACCCGUUCUGUUAUUUUGCUGUCCCAAAUCAUAACGAUACCUGGUGACCCUUGACGUUUGUUGCAGCCAAGAGCUAAGAACAGGAGUCUCCCUCCACCUCCCCUUGAGAG